UUCUUGAUCAUGCAAUCGGACGACGUCAUUUGGUCUAUAGUUGGAAAAACUUUUUGUUCCUUUCGCGUGAAGAUAACUACAGGAAACUUUUGCAAGAAUCCAUAUAAUCUCACAGGAAUCUGUGCCCGACGUUACUGUCCUUUGGCAAAUAGUCGCUAUGCAACCAUCAUUGAGACAGAAGGAGACUGCUUUUUGUAUUUGAAGACUAUUGAAAGAGCUCAUCUGCCAAACGCGCAAUGGGAGAAAGUUAAGCUUUCAAACAACUACAAGAAAGCUCUUGAACAAAUAGACGAGAAACUCCAUUUCUGGCCGCACUAUUUGAAGCACAAGGCAAAGCAACGUUUAACUAAAAUCAAACAGUACCUAAUAAGGAAGAAAAGACUGCAGUUGAAGCUAAGAAGCAAAGUUGUGCCGGUAAAUAACAAGCUCGAAAGACGUGAGAGAAAGAAAGAGAAAAAAGCGCUUUCCAUGUCAAAGCUAGACAAGAGAAUAGAAGAAGAACUAUUAUCUCGUUUACGAAGUGGCAAAUAUAAGGAUAUAUACAACUUUCCACUCGCUCAAUAUGAAACUGUGCUUGAACAAGACAAAGUCCCGGAAGUAGAGACUAUGGAGUUUGAAGAAGAUUAUGAAAGCGAUGACGAGUCGGAGGAACAAUGGGAAGAAGAGGUAUAUGAAGCGUCGGAAGGCGAAAUUUUAGACGAACAACAAACGUCUCUGAAAGACAUAGAAGAUUUACAUUCAAGUACUUACAACGCCGUGUUUGAUGAAGACGAUAGUAUUCAAGAAGAAGUGAAUGUUGGAAAAGACCCGACGGAUGUAUUGAAGAAGCGUUGGUCACGCAAAGUUUCUAAACACGGAGGUUCAAGCCGAGCAACUUCGAGAAAGAGAAGUGGACGAAGAGAGUUUGAGUAUGAGUUUGAAGAUGAGCGAUUGUUACAGACCACUGACUGAGUAAAUGCGUUGUGAUUACUGUUGGUUUUAACUUAUGACGUGAUAUUUCCGUACAAGUCGAUAGAGCGUGUUAUCUACUCAAUACCAGGACUUAUAAAGUGAACCCUUGAGUG